GUAGGAGCUUGCCACUGACCGAGACUCCAUCCACGCUGACUGAUGCUCAAGAACCCCAGAUUACGCAUUUAUAUUUUGCAGGUUUUACGCCAAUAGAAAAUGAGGGCAUUUAUGUCGACAGUGCUGUGGGUACUAUCAAUACCCUGCUUGGAAGCUAUCCACGGAUUAUACAAUUUCGGCCAGCAUGAUUUAUUUUACAAAAAGAAUAACUGCAAGCCAAUUCCUUCACACUUCCUACUGUGCCACGAUAUAGAGUACACAGAGAUGCGCCUCCCGAACCUUCUCGGACACGAAACCAUGAAUGAAGUUCUGCAGCAAGCUUCGUCUUGGAUCCCGCUGAUUCAAAAGCAAUGUCACCCCGACACAAGAAAGUUCCUCUGCUCCCUUUUCGCUCCUGUUUGUCUGGACGAUCUUGACGAGCCCAUCCAGCCGUGCAGGUCUCUGUGCGAGAGCGUCAAGGACGGCUGCGAGCCGGUGAUGUCCGCGUUUGGCUUCCCUUGGCCAAAGAUGUUGGAAUGCGAGCGUUUCCCUGUGGACAAUGACCUGUGCAUCCCACCUGCAGGGGCCGAAAACUUCGUGCCAGUCACUAGGGAAGUGCCAAGAGUGUGCGAUGCUUGCAAGGAAACAGAUGACAACGACAACGAAAUUGUGGACAACCUGUGCAAGAAUGACUUUGCUCUAAAGAUCAAGGUUAAAGAGAUCUCCUACAUCAACGGUGACACCAAGAUAGUGCCGGAGAACAAGAGCAAGACCAUCUACAAGCUGAAUGGGGUGACAGAGCGUGACCUGAAGAAGACUGUGCUGUGGCUAAAGGACGGCCUGCAGUGCAUCUGUGAGGAGAUGAACGACAUCCACGCUGCAUACCUAGUCAUGGGCCAGAAGAUGGAUGGCCAUCUGGUCAUCACCUCGCUGAAGCGCUGGCAGAAGGGACAGCGAGAGUUUAAGAGGAUUUCCCGCAGCAUACGCAAGCUACAGUGCUAAAAAGGAAGAAACUGCAUGUGUCACCAUUGAGAAAUUGUUGGUUGAGCUCUUUCCAGUUGUCUCUCUCCAGGUAUCACAAACGUUGCAAUUAUGGCUCAUAGAUUCCUCAGUAAAUUCUAGCAAAGACAUCGGAUGUAGAAAUAAACCAUUGUCUGUGUUUCACAUUGGUUUAUAGUUUUAAAUGACCAUUAUCUUUAAAAAAAAAAAUAGGCAAUUCAUAGCAUAUCUGCCAGCUCAACUCUAUAAUUAUAAUUCCUAUAGAUUUUAAUGUUCUGAAAGGUUUAUUGGCCCAAUACACUCAACCUAAAUUCAUCAAAAGGGCCUCAAUGUUUUUGCAAAGCACACAUGGCUAAAGCACACAUGACUAAAUCCCACAGCCCUGACUUCUGAGCAGGGGACACAAUUCAAUCUAUUACAGUGAGUAGGUUAAGGGGAAAAGUCCUAUCCCUAACUUGUACAAAUGUGAAAGUUUCCCAUUCAUACAUAUUCUGCGCCCCUUAGUGGCCUUUUUAAAAUGCUGUGUAUUGUCAUGGAGAGCUGCAUUUGUUGUCACCUCAUUAUUGCUGAUGUGCAACGUGUAAAGGAAACACUAAUUACAUGUUCAGAGUGGAAACUAGCAGCGCUUUCAAUCCAGGAUUUAAAAUGAUGAACUCGAAAUAAUCAUUGGCAGACGUGGCUUACUGUCAAAUCAUACAAGAGGGGUGAGUUUAGAAAUGUCCUUUUCUCUUCUGUUACUCCCUGUGAUCUGUUCUGAUAGGGACUGCAUCCUAAGAUUACAAUUAAACUUUUUUCAUGGGACUUUCCUCAAACAAGGUUUAAAUCAUCAGCAGCUCCCUGGAAUUCAAAUCACCUUAAAAGAACAAAAUACAUCCCAAAGGUCGAAGACUCUGAGAACUCUGGAACUCUGGUAAAAUGUUUGGGGGGAACUUAAUUGUUCCUAAACAAGCUAUUUGCAUCUAUUCUGCAACUAUGUUUUGUUAUAGUCAACUGAUUGAUAUUGUGUGUUGCAAAUUGAGUGAACUUGGAUCCCUGUGUGCGUAGAGUGGUGUUCAAAGACAAAAAAUAAUGUGUGUUUUUAUAUUCCUACCGUAUUCUCAAGCAAAAAUGAGAGAUAGCUGGCUAUAUUCUCUUACUGUUCAACAUUUUAUCUUUUUGUACUUGAGCUACUGCAUAGUUUUCUACAAUCGAUUGACAAAACAAAUAUUUUUCUACUUCAGACUUUCAUAUUUCAGUUAAACUUCUAUGUCGGAUUGCAUCUUCAUCCUGUUGUUUGGGUAGUGACACAAGUUGGUUUAUACGUAUUAUUAGAGGAUGUGUUGGUUGGUAGUGUUCAUUUGAUGAGAAGUUACCUGUUAGGCGUCAAUAAUCAAGUGGUUGUGUGUGUGUGUGUGUGUGUGUGUGUGUAUAUGCAAUGUAAAGUAUUUUCCAAAAGUAUUACUGUGUAAAUAUCACAUACUGCCUUUUAUUCUUGUGUAAAGUUUUCAGCUAUUAAAAGCUGCAAACUUGUUUUUAAAUGACUCAUUUCAUUGGUGUGUGUGGCAGGAUACAAAUAUACAAAUAAAAGACUGUAUAUAAUUUU